UGUAGCCAAUCAUUCAUAUACAUACACAUAUCAGCUAAUCAGAUGGCCUUCAAAUCAUCACUUCUCUUUACUUUCCUCUUGAUUUCUGCAAUCUCAGCCCCCAUCGCUCAAUCCCAGCUUGGUCUAAUCGGUCAACUCCUUGGUUUGAUCCGCAUCACAGGCACCGUCUUCUGCACCUCCAAUGGCAAUCUUAAUGUCGGUGUAAAUGCCUCAUCAACCCCUGUUUUCCCUAAUGCUGGUGUGCAGCUGCAAUGCGGUGGAAAGGUGGUGUCGAGUGCAACAACAAACGGGUCGGGUGUGUUCUCGAUGGUCUUGGAUCCGCUACAGUAUAUACUUUCAUCGGUGCUGGCUAACUGCAAGCUCGCCGUGACUACGCCGCUGGCCAAGUGCGACGCUAACUUGCCGGAUCUCGGCCAUUUGCUUUCUUCCUUGCAGUUCGUCGGAAACACGCUUCUUGGCCUCCUCAAUGUCGCCAACCUCGUCCCUACGGGAUUUCAAUUCGACCCAUCAACUUGAAUACUUCGUUGGGAAACUAUAUAUCUAUAUAUAUUCUUAUGAUGAACAGGACUGCAUUAUCUGUAUAUCAGACGUACGUACAUACGACCAUUCACCACUGCUAGUUAUUAGGUAAUUAGCAGUAGUACUUGGUAAUGAUAUAUAUAUAUAUAUAUAUGAAUAAGGUCAUAUUGUGUUUUAAUUUAAGAAGUCCUUUAUAAUUAAUUAUAUGUUUGUAAU